CUCCGGGCCGCUUGCGGCCAGCUGGGGGACGGAUACCUGGAGGACGCCUCCAAUCCCCGCGGGCGCCACGCCCGCCGCGCCGGCGGCGGCGCGGGGAAUAAGUAGAGAGCGCCAGGCCGCAGAGGUAAAGCGCGGGCCGGGGCAGCGCGUCGCAGGGCCACAGUUUGUACCCAGGGCCAGGGCAGCCGCACGACCGAGCGACCAUGGACCCGCCGCGGGGCAUCGGCACCUUCGUGGUGUGGGACUACGUGGUGUUCGCCGGGAUGCUGCUCAUCUCGGCUGCCAUUGGCAUCUACUACGCCUUCGCCGGGGGUGGCCAGCAGACCUCUAAGGACUUCUUGAUGGGCGGCCGCAGAAUGACUGCCGUGCCGGUGGCGCUGUCCCUCACCGCCAGCUUCAUGUCGGCAGUCACCGUCCUGGGCACCCCCACGGAGGUGUACCGUUUUGGGGCCAUAUUCAGCAUCUUUGCCAUCACUUACUUCUUUGUGGUGGCCAUCAGCGCGGAGGUUUUCCUGCCGGUGUUCUACAAACUGGGAAUUACCAGCACCUACGAGUAUUUAGAGCUCCGGUUUAACAAAUGUGUCCGUCUCUGUGGAACAGUCCUCUUCAUUGUUCAAACAAUUUUGUAUACUGGAAUUGUUAUUUAUGCCCCUGCCCUGGCUUUGAAUCAAGUCACGGGAUUUGAUCUGUGGGGUGCAGUAGUGGCAACAGGGGUGGUCUGUACAUUCUACUGCACACUGGGUGGUCUUAAAGCAGUUAUCUGGACAGAUGUUUUUCAAGUUGGGAUCAUGGUGGCUGGAUUUUCAUCUGUGAUUAUACAGUCUGUAGUGAUUCAAGGUGGAAUCAGCACUAUUCUAAAUGAUAGCUAUAAUGGUGGAAGAUUAAACUUCUGGAAUUUUGAUCCCAAUCCUUUGCAAAGACAUACAUUCUGGACAAUUAUUAUAGGAGGGACCUUCACAUGGACCAGCAUCUAUGGUGUCAACCAAUCCCAAGUACAGAGAUAUAUUUCCUGUAAAAGCAGGUUCCAGGCAAAAAUGUCUCUCUACAUCAAUCUUCUGGGACUCUGGGCAAUCCUUGUCUGCUCAGUGUUAUGUGGGCUUGCCCUAUAUUCCAGGUACCAUGACUGUGAUCCUUGGACAGCCAAGAAAGUAUCUGCACCAGACCAGCUCAUGCCUUAUUUGGUACUGGACAUUCUGCAAGAUUUUCCGGGACUUCCUGGACUUUUUGUGGCCUGUGCUUAUAGUGGAACAUUAAGCACAGUAUCCUCCAGUAUUAAUGCUUUAGCAGCAGUAACUGUGGAAGAUCUAAUUAAACCUCACUUCAGAUCGCUCUCAGAAAGGUCUCUCUCUUGGAUUUCCCAAGGAAUGAGUGUGCUGUUUGGAGUUCUCUGCAUUGGAAUGGCUGCGUUGGCAUCACUAAUGGGAGCUUUGCUGCAGGCAGCACUCAGCAUAUUUGGCAUGGUUGGUGGGCCACUUCUGGGCUUGUUUGCUUUGGGCAUUUUGGUUCCCUUUGCCAACUCAAUUGGAGCAAUUGUUGGUUUGAUGGCUGGAUUUGCUGUUUCUCUGUGGGUUGGGAUUGGAGCUCAACUUUAUCCUCCACUGCCUGAGAGAACUAUGCCAUUAAUCCUUGAAACCUAUGGCUGUAACAGCACACACAAUGUGACAAAUUGGGUGACAACCACAGAAAUGCCAUUUUCUACUAGUGCUUUUCAAGUACACAGUGUGGAAAGGACUCCGCUGAUGGAUAACUGGUAUUCUUUAUCAUAUCUAUACUUCAGCACUCUGGGAACUUUGGUAACGGUAUUCAUGGGAAUGCUAAUCAGUUUACCAACAGGAGGAAGGAAACAAAACUUAGACCGCAGAUUCCUAUUAACCAAAGAGGACUUUUUAUCCAAUUUUGACAUUUUUAAGAAAAAGGAGCAUAUUUUAAGCUAUAAAUCUCACCCGGUAGAAGACGGUGGAACUGAUAAUCCUGCCUUCAACCAUAUUGAACUGAACUUCCCAGAUCAAAGUGGCAAGAUGAGUGGGACUCAUUUGUGAAGCAUCUGUGAUACUAGAUGAUCUUAAACAGUGACUCAGUUACAUAUGUUUCCUAAGAUAAUUGGACCAGAUUUGGACUUCUUUUUGGGGGGAGGGUUCGAUAAUGAGUGAAGUUUUGGGGGAGCCUUUUAGGGGUAAAAUUUUGUUGAAGCAAAGUGCUGAUUCUUCGCUUACUAUAUUCCUUAACUGAUGCUACUCUGGAGUUAAGAAUUUCAGCAUCAGCAUUUUCCUUUAUUUCUCUUUUAUUUUAAUGAAGAUGUCAUUGUGAAAGUUAUGACCACAUAUUGCUAAAGGAUUAAUAUAUACAUAUACACACCUACUUGAUGGUCAAAAAAGAGUAUUUUAAAUUUGGGCAUUAUUAAAAAUAUUUUCUAUGCAUUUGUUACUAGCAUAUAAGUUUUGGGGUUUCCCAAAAUCAGAUAUAAUACUGAAAAGACCUUUUGUCCUUCUACAACAUAUUGUAUUUUUAGGAAACAGUGAGAUGAUGAAUCCAUGUUGUCUAGAUCUUUGCUUCUCACUGAUCCAUAUCAGCCCUAUCAGGGAGCUUAUUAACUCUGGAACCAAUUCUGGCUCAGGAAGGUGGUAAUCAAGAAGCAUCCUGUUUGGGAGAGAACAUAGGCCCAGUGAUCAAGGUCUUUUUGGUUCUACUUACCUAUUCUUGUGCCUUUUUGCUAAUUAUCUACAACUCCUGGCCAUUGGCUGUUUAUAUUGUCUUACACCCCAGUUCUUAUAUGCAAUCCCAAUUUCUGACCCAUCAGCUCAGAUUUUGUUGUACACUUUACUUUUCUUGUCUUCCUAGUUUUC